GAAAUCGAAGCUAGGAAACAUGGAUCGAUUUAGAUGCAGCAAUUCUAAAUAUGAAAAAGAAAGAUAUAACGAUGAUGGUUUAGGAACCGUUUCAUCAGAUGAACAGAAAGAGGUGGAGGAGUCUGUGUCCCAUUACUUCAAGUAUUUCGCUGCCAGAAGUCAUGCAGAGAAAGAGUCAUUUGAAUUGCCAUCUCUUAAAAGAGAACAACACCUUCUUUUCCUAAAGAAAGGCUUACAGCAUCUCUCAAAUUCUUAUGAGUGUUUGGACGCCAGUCGUACAUGGCUUUGUUACUGGAUUCUACAUAGCUUAGAAUUACUUGAUGAAAAUGUCUCCGAUGAUGAAAUUUCAAUAGUCUCCAAGUUUUUGGAAAAGUGUCAGUGUUCAGAUGGAGGAUUUGGAGGUGGCCCUGGACAACAAGCACAUUUAGCUCCAACAUAUGCAGCAGUGAAUGCACUGUGUAUCUUGGGAACAGAGUCCGCCUUCAAGGUCAUUGACAGAGAAAAGCUUCAGUCUUUUCUAAUGAAGAUGAGGAAGAAUGAGGGUUCCUUCAAAAUGCACGAAGGGGGAGAAGUAGAUAUAAGGGGAGCUUACUGUGCAGCAAGUGUUGCAAGAUUGACCAACAUAAUGACUCCACAGAUGUUUGAUGGGACCCCCGAGUGGAUUACAAGUUGCCAGACUUAUGAGGGUGGAUUUGGGGGGUACCCUGGACUUGAGGCCCAUGGAGGGUAUUCCUUUUGUGGAUUGGCAGCUCUGGUGAUCCUAGGUCAUGGAAAACUUUGCAAUAUAGAAAAAUUAUUGAGAUGGACAGUAAAUCGACAGAUGAGAUAUGAAGGGGGAUUUCAGGGACGGACCAAUAAAUUAGUAGAUGGUUGUUAUUCCUUCUGGCAAGGAGGAGCCUUACCUCUUAUACAUAUGAUCCUGGCACAGGAACACAGUGAUUGCCUGAGCUCGGAGAAGUGGAUGUUUGAUCAGGACGCUUUACAGGAAUAUCUGCUCCUGUGUUGUCAGUAUGCUGGGGGAGGAUUGAUUGACAAGCCAGGAAAAGCUCGUGAUUUCUACCACACUUGUUAUUGCCUGAGUGGAAUGGCUAUAGCUCAGCAUUUUGCUGGUGGAAAAAUUGCCCACCUGAAUGUACUAGGAAAUACUGAAAAUGAGCUAAAACCCACCCACCCAGUAUUUAACAUAGGAUUAGAAGCUGUUACCCAUGCCACACUCUACUUCAAUAAACUUCCUGUUCCAUCAUAGUCAUAAUGAUGCUUCAUUUCCUCUUUCAUCAAAGGCAUUCAGAAGCUUGUUAUUUUAUGCUUUCUGUCAUUAUGACAUGAUGAAGAUGACUCUCAAGCCUGAAGGUCAUGUUAAAUUUAAUUUUUACGAUCACAAGUGUAUGUCCCUACUUUUGUAAAUGAUUAUGUUUUAGCAUAAUAAGUGCCAUAAGGAUGUAGACAUGUUGUGAACUGACUGUAUUUAUCGAACAGAAACAAAUAAAAAAAAAAUCUCAACAGUCCAGGACAUUUCUUAUCUGU